UCUUCCUUCCCCCCACCCCAACCCAACGGUCACAUUAUAUUCAUUCUCCUCCUCAAUCCUCAUCAUACAAAUAAAUAAUUUCCUCUUUCAUUUCCAUUUCUUCUCAUCACUCCUUCCAAUUCCAUCAAAAUCAAAUCACCCAGAAUUAGAAUUACAACCCUAAGCUCAAAAUCACAAUAACAAGAUUUUUACUCUAUUUCGUUCCGCUCCAUUCCGUUCCGCUCCCUUCCAUCUCGUUCCAUCAAUCCAAACGAAGCCAAAAUGAACAAAAACAACGUCCUUCAAUACUCCACACAGCUUCAAGUCUGGAACAACGCCGCAUUCGACCGCGGCGAAGGCGAAGAAGAUCUUACAAUGAUCAACACUUCUUGGUCCUCCGACUGCACCAAAGAGAAUCUCAGCCCCACCACCGCACUCAACACUACCCGAACCACCUCGCUCGCCAAGUUCAAGAACCGCGACGAGAAGAUCAUCGACGACGAGAUCGUUGAGAUCGAAGGCGAGAUCAAGCGAUUGACGAAGAAACUGGAAGCGCUCCGCCUCGAGAAAGCGGAGCGGCGGAGGAUUGAGGCGGCGUCGGAGAAGCGUGUCAGCGUCGGCGGCGGUGGUAGGGUUGUCGCCGCCAAGUUCAUGGAACCGAAGCGGAACGGUGGUGUUUUGAGGAAGAAGGUGGAGGAAGCUACUCCGAAGCGGAACGUGCUGGUUCCGAAGAGGAUUGAGGAGGAAACGCCGAAGCAGAGUGGUGGCGCUAGGGUUAAUUGGAGGCGAGGGAUGAGUUUGGGGCCGGCGGAGAUUGCGGCUCGUGCGGCGGUUGUGCCGCCGGCGACUACUCCCUCUCGCCGGAAAUCGUGUUUCUGGAAGACGGUGGAGGUUGGGGAGGAACGGGGGAAGACAGUGGGAUCUCGGAAGAGUGUGAGGAAGAGAGGGGAGGGAGAGAUUGCGGUGGUGGUUCAGCCGAGGAAUUUGUUCAAUGAGGGGGAGAAAUCGGUGCCGGUGAGCAGUAGCAAGAAGGGGAUGAAGCCGGGGAGGGUGGUGGCGAGCCGGUAUAGUCAGGGGAUUGGAAACUCCGGUGCUGGCGGCGGCGAUGUGAGGAAGAGGUCGUUGCCGGAGAAUAACAGGGUAGGGAGUGAGGUGAGGGUGAAGAAGAGGUGGGAGAUUCCUGCAGAGGGUGGUAGUGUAAAUGGAAAAGCGGUGUUGCUUCCGAAGAUCAGAACUUUGAGGUGUGUGAAUGAGAGUCCUAGAGACUCUGGGGCUGCGAAAAGGGUCGCGGAAUUGACAGGGAAGAGGGCUUUUUUUGGCAAUGAGGAGGAGGAGGAAGAGGGUGUGUGUCAAGCUUUGAGUUUUGUAGAAGAAGAUGAUGGUGAAGAUAAGGUAAUGAAUUAGAUUCCAUUGGGGUUUUCAAUUGGCAUUAGAAUGGAAGUGGCAUGCAACUUUUGAACCUUGCUGUGUGGUAUCAAUUGCUGGUUUAUGGAAGGUGAUGAUAUGUUGAGGUUGCAUUAUGUGAUGCAAUUUGCAAUAUAAGACCUUGGAAUUGGUGGUAUGGUAUGGUAUGGGGUUUGUUUUUCUUUGUUAUAGGUGGAACUUCCUAAGUUCUGCUUGAUUCUUGUUACAGGGAAAAAUCGUGAGAUGAAACUCUUGCUGGUUUAGAUAUUUUUUUCUAUGUUCUGAAAUAAUAGGGUAAACAUGUCUCAUGCUUUCUAAUUGUACAUCAUUGGUUCUUUUAUAUGCAUAAGGAUAAGGUGUUUGAUUCUA